CCUCUCAGUCGCGCUGCACAGCCUCUGCUAUGUACCUCUGCUGCCGUCGUUAGCCGAGUAUUGAGCUACCAGCUGACCUACUUUCUGCGCUCCCUCUCAGCCGCCCGGUCCUGUUUACAAGCCCCAGCCAAGCCGAGGAUGAGGACUACUGUACCUGGGGAAACCGACGGAUAAAACCCAGCUGCUGGCUCGGAAAGCACUAGAAAGGGGGCUAAAGUUAAAACAAGCCGAAGGUUGUUGUUGUGUUUUUCUCCUUUCUUUGGAUAAGUGUGACAGACAGCGCUCGCAGGAAGGGACGCCGGUGCGGAAUAACAGCGCGUUAAUAAUAACUUGUUAUGCAAUUGGAGGCUUUCGGUGAAUGAGCCGCUGCUAUGUUGGAGUUUAAAGAACAAAAAUGACGACGCCGGUUAAAGUGAAGAGAGGCUCUUUAUUUCUACCGGACACUCUUUCUCCAGGAUUCCUUAUUCCUUCAGGGGAAUCAAGAAGGUUUUGGGCAAGUGGUUUUUUCCAAUAGAGCGUUAGAGCAAGGUCAGGACGGAUGGGACUUCCAAGACUUCAGAAAGGGCCUGGUUGGCAGAGGGAGUGAGUAUGGACAACCUUUCAGACUUCGGCGGCCCGUGUCCGUCCACGCUUAGGGAAUGGGACACCAACAGCUGUGUGGAGGACUUAAUGGAUGAAGAUGAGAAAGACAGGGCAAAAAGAGCAUCUCGCAACAAAUCCGAAAAGAAAAGAAGAGACCAGUUCAAUGUGCUCAUCAAGGAGCUGUGCACCAUGCUCCAGGGUCAAGGCCAUCCGCGCAAGAUGGACAAAUCCACCAUAUUGCAGAGGACGAUUGACUUUUUACAGAAACAGAAAGACAUCACUGCGCAGAAUGAGAUUUGUGACGUGAAGCAGGACUGGAAGCCCUCAUUCCUGAGUAAUGAAGAGUUCACUCAGCUCAUGUUGGAGGCCCUGGAUGGCUUCCUUGUUGCAUUAACGACAGACGGCAACAUCAUAUAUGUGUCUGACAGUGUGUCGUCACUUAUUGGCCAUUUACCGUCAGAUAUGGUGGACCAAAAUAUCUUGAAUUUCCUCCCGGAGCACGAACACGGCGAGGUGUAUAAGCUGCUAUCAUCCCACAUGAUGAUGACUGACCCCGUUGCUGCUGAUUUCCUUGACAGUGAGACACAUAUUGAAUUUUGCUGUCAUCUAGCCAGGGGUAACAUGGACCCCAAGGAGCCUCCUGUGUAUGAAUAUGUCAAGUUUGUUGGAGAUUUUAAGUUUCAUAACCAUGUGCCUACAUCUUCUUGUAACGGGCAUGAACUGACGUUACCGAGAAGUCUGCAGUCGUCGCUGGAGGAGCAGGUCUGCCUCAUAGCAACUGUACGAUUAGUCACUCCACAGUUUCUGAAGGAUUUGUGUAACGUGGACGAUCCUUGUGAUGAAUUCACGUCCAGACACAGCCUUGAAUGGAAGUUCCUGUUUUUAGAUCACAGAGCAUCACCAAUCAUAGGCUACUUACCAUUUGAGGUUCUUGGGACUUCGGGGUAUGAUUACUACCAUGUGGAUGACUUGGAGCUCAUAGCCCAGUGUCACAAGCAAUUAAUGCAGUUUGGAAAGGGUAAAUCCUGCUAUUAUCGCUUCCUGACCAAAGGACAGCAGUGGAUUUGGCUGCAGACUCAUUACUACAUUACUUACCACCAGUGGAACUCCAAACCCGAGUUCAUUGUCUGCACUCACACCGUUGUCAGUUACGCGGAAGUGCGAGCUGAACGGAGGAGAGCUUUUGGUCUGGAGGAGCUUUCACCACCUGAGAUAGCGCCAUCCUCUGUGAAGGCUCAGGAGUUGUACUUGGACAUCUGCUCCACCCUGGACGCGACGAGGGACAGAAACAGCGGCGCACGUUCAGUGUCCUCCCAUAGCUCUCGGAAAUCCUCCCACACCGCCCUGUCGGACUCUUUGUCAGCGAACUCCUACACAGAGGCCUGCACACCGUCAUGGCCGUCAGCCUCCAUUGGACCGGAGAAGACACCUGCCAGACUCCAGCCCAGUGGGUCAAAGAAUUUGGCUCAAAGACAAAAUUCCUUUGACCUUGUUCCCCAAAUGAGCCUCUCCUUUUCUCCAACCUGCAGCAAGCACUCCACCAUGCAGCAGCAGCAAUCGCAGCAGCAACAGCAGCAACAGCAGCAGCAGCAGCAGCAGCAGCAGUCCUCUGUUUAUCAGCUGCAGCAGCCUCAGCUCGGCGUAAUGAACCAGCUGAAGGAACAGCUGGAGGAGAGGACGCGCAUCCUGCAGGCCGACAUCAAGACGCAGCAGCAGGAGCUGCACGACAUCAAGGAGAAGCUCCAUCUUGCUAAUCUACAGAUGUUGUUACAGCAGCCUAUCCACAAUGACUUCAAUCAGACCCAGCAGCAGCAGCAGCAGCAGCAGCAGCAGCAGCAGCAGCAGCAGGGCCCAGGAAGGCCAGCACAACAGAACCAGUCCAGUGUCAUCAGGCAACUCUCCGGCCAACCGAAACCAGCAGCCCGCGGGGCUCACAGUUCAUCUCCACUCUCUUUGAGAGAAAACACUUCACCGUCUGCACAGGUUCAGCAGCGGGCUCCUCGGAGCAGACAGAGCCAGUCGGUGAGUUUGCCGAUGCAGACUAACACGAGCCUGACGACGCCCUUCUACAGCAACCCCAUGAUGUUCUCCCAGACCAACACGAGGCCUCAGCAGGACACAAACCAAAGACAGACAGACAACCAGUUCAGCAACGACGGACAAUUACGAAUGCUUCUCAACCAGCCGAUGCAGACCAUGGUUCCCACUAGCAGCGUCACUUCCCAGUCCUCUCAGUGCAACAUGGGCAUCUCCCAAACUCUAUACAGCUUGGAGCAGCCGAUCACCUCUUUCACCAUGCAACAGGUCAACUGCAACGCAGUGCUCGUUCCCUCCCCCGUUUUCACCUCCCCCAUAAUGAUCCCACACAACUCCUUCAUCACGCAUCAGGCCCAGUCAGCCUACCACAGCCAGCCUCAGGCCUCGCAGCACUCCGUGCAGCUCCAGCAGCCCCAGCAGUUCUUUCAGAUGACCCCAGGACUUGUACACGGUGGAUCUGCUCCAGCUUUUCUACACACCACUAACGUCCCACAGCAAAGCACCAUGGGAUACAUUCAGCAGCAGCCACAAACACAGCAACUGCCACUUGCACAGCAGCAGCAGCAGCAGCAACCACAGCAGCAGCAGCAAAGGCAGUACCAACAUUCCCAAAACCAGCCGGGCAGUGUUUCAGACUUCAGGAACAUGCUGACACGGUAGCACCAAGGACUUCAUCUGAACGCUAAGGAUCUGCCUCUCUGACGCCGCCCUGCAGGUGGCAGCACGCCGUCGAGCCUCCUGAGUUGUCAUAGUGACACGACCAGUAGAGGCUGCGCUGACCCGACGGCGCCCGCCGGAUCCGAGGACAAUCUUGAAGCCGCGUUGUGUCGGCUGGAACGAGUGGAUCAUCUAAGAUGUUUGGGAAAUAACCCAAACAACAAAAAAAAAAAAACUUUUAGACCGACAAGUGGAGGUUUUCUUCUAGCAAAGUUCUCAUAUAGGUGUUUGCACUUUGGUACCCCUAUCUCCUCGGAAGUAGAAUAUUUAUUUAUUUUUUACUUAAGCUCAAACGUUCUGCUCUGUUCCUGAUCUCCGGCUCAGCUCCCCUCCUGUGGCAUGACGCCAAGCUACUUGUGACACUUUAUUCCCAGUGAAAAUGGAGAGUCUGAGGUCAGUCCUGUUAUCCCCCCUCCACCCCUUGAACCACGAUUUAGGCAUGUAGAGUCACUACUGCAGAACUUCACACAACAAAACAACAAGUGCGACGAGCCGCUUUAUCGAAGGCAGGUGCGACGUGACAACGCACUGCAGCUGGAAGCUGGAGGUCUAUCGAGAUUUUUAAAGCCUCAAUCCGGGACUGAAGGAGUGAGGGGUGCCGUAGCCGUCCCACCGCAGAUCCCUGCAAACUGAAGCAGUCGCCGCGCAGCACCGGGUGUCGCUGAGCUGGGAGGCGGGGAGGACGAAUUGUGCCUUUAAACGUGACGACGUUCAUGUUGUGGUUCGAUUGGUUGCGUUUGAUUAUGGCUUUAAAAAUCCAGCUCAGGUCCAUUUGGAAUAUAAAAGAUAUAUUUUCGUAAGAGCAUAACUUGUUAUUAAACCAUAAGACAUCCAGAUGUUCUAAUUAAUAGAUUACAUACAUAUGUAUAUAUAUGUAAUAAUUUUUGUGACCUUUAUGUUUGCAGUAAGUGUCCGUUUCAAAAAGAGUCCUUUUUGAAAUCAUUGCACAACAAAAACUACCUAUUGGAAAUACAAGCUGGUCUUAUUCGCAGAUGUUCUGACAGAAAUCGCUCCGGUCUGCUCAGAGGUACAUACCAGAUUUUGUUCUCGCCCCAUUUCAGAACAGCCUCCUGCACACAAGAAAAGCCUAAGUUCAUGUUCCCAACAGUCCGAUCAGCUGCUUUACGAAUGGAAACUUGCACACCGCCCCGGUACAGAUGCGUAAAAAGCCUUCAAAUAACUUUAUUUCAGUAACAGCAUUAAAUAAACCCCGCCUUUAAUUUGAUUCACGUUGUAAAAGAAAGGUAAAAAAUAUGUUAAGCUCUUCAACAAACAGUGGCAUCUUGAGAUCGCCAUGUCUGCAUGGCUACCUUUAGAUGCCAUGUAAAAGUUGCCACACAAACCCUAGAUGUGUGGAGUUUGCAAAAAGCUGCCGGGACUUAAACUGAAGCACAUGUUGUUUGGGUCGGAUCCGACUACUCUUUAAACUUUGGACAACUUUUCAUUUUAGUUGGUCUCGGUUAACCACUUUAACUUCAACUACCUUUCAACCACAUCUAGACAUCUGCAGAGUAUUUAUACAGUCAGUUUUUAUUUCCCUUUUCCCUUUUCAUCCACUGUAACCACUGGGUUAGGUAUAAAACAAGCGACAUAGCUUGGAGAAAGAGUUUUGCCCACUGUUUACAAUAGUGGAGGAUCGGUGAUGCUGUGGGCCCGCCCUGGCUGGGCAUUUUGAAUCCUUUGAAAUAUCAGGACAUGUGAUGUAAAAAUAAAAGCGUCGCUGAUUCUGGUCUUGCUUUAGCAAACUGAACAAACGUUUCUUUCUACAUGUUUAGUGCGAGGCACAAGACGAAUUUAUUUUGGGGCUUCUUGCACAUCUUACAACAGGGGCGCGAGUCCAACCGUCAACCUGUUUUGUGACGGCUUGUUUUCCAACACCAACCAGGUGAGCUGAGUUUCAGACUGUUGCCUGCAACGGCUUCAUACACACUAAAAAACCCACAAAAACCUCUGUUUGUUUCACCAUUCUACAUUGAAAAUUUAUAGAGCUACUUCCAUCUGAAAGACACUACUUUCUUUACGUUAGCUUGGUGAAAGGACACGUUUCUGUGGAGCCACUUAUCGGCUGUGGCAGCUGCUCCCCUUUGUCUCAAUCCGCUUGGAACAGACAGGCGUGUGCAGGAGCCAUUGUUCGGAUUGUCUCCAUUUGGUGGAUAACACAGAGACGACAGUUAACAGAAAGAGGAUUGGAGUGCGUUGCUGCAGUCUGUCCUGGAAGAGGAAAAAAUAAAACCCAUCAAAACAUCACAAUUACAUCACCGUACAAAGACAAUCAGCAGAAUAUACUGUAUUUAAACUGCCUGUACCACAGUGUGACUUCACAAUUAAAAAAAAAAAAAAUUAAUCCUAUAACGUACUCCUCCCUCCCCACCUCUCUUCUGGAUUUUAAUUGCACAUGUUGUUGCUACACUUUAUAGAAAGCAGCACUGGGAGGUGAUGAAUAUGAAAGCGGCUCCCGUCCAGCGCCGGAGCUGCACACGUUGCACGACAAGACGUAGCGAACUCAGCAUGUACGUUCAGUGCCGUUUUUACACUUUUUUUUUUUUUUUUUACGUGCAAUGUUGAUUUGAAAAAAAAAAAAAAAGAGAGAGAGAAAGAAUGUUAAUUUAUACUGUUGGAAAUGUUUCCAAACAGAUGUACAUAGAGGUGUAUAAUAAGCAGUUGUUGCCGUGUAAUUUAAAUGGAAGUAUUUUUUUAAACGGAAAUGUCCUAACAUUCCUUUAGCAGUGUUUUUAUUUUUUAAAAGUUUGAGAUGCGUCCUACGUGACACUGAUAUUAUAUUAAAAAAAAGAAUCCGUUUCAAAAAGCUGCAUAAACUCAUUGCUCAAAUAAUACAUUUCAGGCACUUGUUUCUGGUAAUUGUAAAGAUUUGGGGUUAAAGUUAAUUGAAAACCAAAAAUUGAUUUAUCAGAAAAAUACAUUUUCUUGCACAGAAAUGCUCUGCUGAUUUGCCAGAUGUCCAGCAGCUUGUCCCUGACAUUUGUGAGCCACUAAAAAUCAUCGAUGAAGAGGGAAGUAUGGAGAUAUGAAGAGAAAGUUCAGUGGAAGGAAAAAAAACCUUUACUGAUCCAACAGCGAAUUUUUUGUUUUUUAUUAACAAGCCAAAAUAACAAAAGUUGCAGAAAUAAUUGCUUGAAAUGUAUCAGCUUCUAUGUAAGUGAGUUAAACUUUCUAAAUUUAAUAACCGAAUACCUUCUUUCUCAAAGUAACUAAUAAUUUUAACAUGCACCUGUAAAUCUGACGAAGUAAAAGGACGAUCUUGCAGAAUAUCAGCCUUUCUGGCAGGAAACCUGGUUGUUUUUUAUUCAAACACAUCACUCAGAGAGUAGACAAAGUUCCCCGUGUCAUUCUGUUUGCCUUGCUGUGUUGAUAAAAUGUAAGUCUGUUUGUCAUCCAGAGCCAGAAUCACUCGGUUUCGGAUGCGAGUCGAUCUCGUGAGCUUGAUGAAGGGUGUAAAUAAUCCGGUCGGUCCGAUUUCGUAGUCAAGUCGCUCUCGGUGACGAUUGCCGCACCUCCUCUUUUUGUUUUUUUCUUUGGCUUCCCUUCAUUACGUUUUGAAUGGUGUUCAUCACAGGGAUUUCUUUUUUUAAAAUGUACGUCAGUUUGAUCACAUUUAACUUGUACUUUUUUUUCUUUUUGAUUAUGAUUUGUAUCAUAUUGACUCUCGCCUCACAUGUGAGCGUGGGCAGUCAGAUCCCUGGCGUCUAGUCAAUUCUGCAGUUUCAGUGCAGAAACAAAUAUAUUAUAAAUAUAUAUAUAUAUAUAAUGUAUUAUAGAAUGUGGAAAAAAAACUUUAGGCUACAUAGUUGUUUAUUUUAUAUGUCAUAUAGAUUACAUAUAUGUAUGUUCUGAUUUUAAAAUUAAAGUAAUUUUAUAACAGA